UAUGACUUUCAUUUUAGAAGACACGAAUCGCACAUUUUUUGUUUACUGUAUUUAACCACUGUAUAGAUCACGUAGCAUAAUUUCAGUUAAAAUAAUUAUCCCAGAAUACAGACAAUAUGGAACAGAAGGUUACUGCAGGAGCAAUGUACAGCAGUCUCCCUGUAUCUGUUGAAACUCACAGCACCCAGCUAGGCUUGAAGCCGAGUUUUACGAAAGAUAAAAAGAAAGCGUUUAUAGCAGCGUUUUUGAAGAAGAGCAUUCCGAAGAACUACCACCAGCAGAUAGAUGAUGACGCGAUGCAGCACAAGUGUCUGCUGCUAGACAAACACAAGAAAGUGAAGAAGAAGAAAACCAAGCCACGCAAGAAGAAAACCAUCUCCAGCAAAGAGAGGAAAGCUCUCAAGCUGUUCAAACUCAAGAAAGACGGACACAGGUUUGGUGAUUAUGUUGCAUUGCAAGUUCUGUGGCAAGAAUACAUCAAAGAAGUAAUUGACUUUAAAAAAUUAACCAAGAAGAACAUGCAUGCUACAGAGGAAACCUUUCUCAAGUCUGAUCUUCAUGGUGCCAUUCUGACAGUCCAGAGGUCACUCUGUCCGUCCUAUGUCGGUACAUCCGGCAUCGUUCUGCAAGAAUCUCGCAACACAUUCAGAAUCAUCACCAAGGGGAACAGGUUAAAAACUAUACCCAAGUUAAACAGUGUCUUCACAACAGAAGUGGCUGGCUUUGUCUUCACAAUCCACGGAAAUCAUUUUAGAGUGAAACCAUACGAACGGGUAAAUAAGAAGUUCAAACGAAAAUCAACAACAGAUCUGUAAAUAUAUUAUAUUGAUGAAAUAAAUAUUGCUGUAAAUUUUA